AUGUGGCUGUGGACUUCUUCGCUGAACUUCGUCCUCGCCAUCCUCCAGCUCGCCUUCAAUCUCCUGGUACUCAUUGCAGUGGCUUCAGACCGUCGUAUUCAUACUCCAAUUCACUUGCUUUCUACCAGUUUGUGGGUCUGCAACUGUAUCACCGCCAUUGUCACUAUUUUCUUCUCACUCAACCCGACAGAAUGUCUAGAAGUCUCUUGUUAUCAUACGAAACAGGUGAGCCCCCAUCUAGCUAUAUUUUUGAAACCGAGUCAUUUUUCAAUAAAACAGAAGCUUGAAAGCAUUUCCUCGCUAAAAUAAAAAUUCGUAGUCCAAAAAGAAAAAGAAUCGAGUACAAAAAACCCAAUUCUGGGCAAAGUUUUCAUCUUACAGUUAUGAAAACUGACAUCAAAGUGUAUUUUGAAUUUCGAGAAAGCUUUUUACCCCUCUCGAGUUUGUUUUUGUUGGCUCUGGGACUGAAAUAAAAUUUGUUCCUUCCGUUUUGCAAAUUCCAAUUUUUCGGGCAUCAGCUUGAUUGAAAAAAACUCGUUUUUUGAAAUUGGUUUUCUUUCCGAAAAGUCAAAGUUGGAAAAUUUGUACAUUCACUGGAUUUGAAAAAGUUUUCUGGUAUUCAUUUUCAACAUUUCAAGUAAUCGGGCAAAUCUACCGUAAUUGAGUUUGGGAGAAUCCUUUUCCAUUUAGAAAUGCGAACUGAGAUGUUUUUUUGCGUUAUUUUGCAGUUCAAACCUGAUCCAUUCCCAUUUCGCUUCGAAGAAAUUAAAUUCGAUCUUCUCACGAAAAGAGUAUUCCACACUUAGAAAUUCUUUUUUUUUCUUGUUUUUGAGUUCUGUUUGGGCGAUCCUCUCUUUCAGCUCAAAAAUUCUGAAUUUUUUUGCAUCAGGUUUAACAGCAAAAAAAUUUAAUGAUAAAAUAUAUUGACUCACGGAAGUACUCAAACUUGCAUUGAGCGGAACGCAGAUCAAAUUUAAAUAUUUUUUUCCUGAAUUAUAAAUGGCUGACUCAUAAAAUGAAAAGUUUGCGCAUAUUUUGAUUGAUGUGUUACUUUUUGUAGUGUGUUUCUCGUGUGUUUGCAUAUAUGUUGCCCGUUUUAUGGGUGGCUUGAGGAAGCGCCGAAAAGCGAGAAAAGGAGAGCAAAAAAGCUCAUCCGACAUAGAAAAUUCGGGCUUGUCGUGCUCUUCUUUGGAGUUUUCGAGUGCGCCGCACCUCGUUAGCUUUCCUCACAUCCUAUUCAAUAACCUACAUGACUGCGCUUCGAAACGUCUUGUCUUUUCUCGGAACAAUGGCCGAUGAAUUGCUAUAAUGAGAUUUUACAGAGUCAUAAAAGCAAGAAUUUUUCAAAUAAAAAAAUUCAUUGAGGACCCGUUCCCCAAAUUGGUUUUCAAUUCCAAAUAAAGGAUACAAGGGUGUGAAUAAAAACUGAAGUAAGAAUAACAUUUACGUUUUUUUGAGAUUUUUUUCUCAUAGUUAAAAAAAUCAUGUGGGAUUUUUUUACUAGGAUAACACUGAUUUUUUUAAAAUUACAAAUGCGUUCUGUGAACUUCUUUUUUUCGAAACUAUCGCUGUUUUUUUCAAAAAAACGAAAAAAAUGAAAGAAUGAACGAAAAUUUAGUUGAAAAAAAUAAUUAAAGUGUCCAAAAAAACAAAGAAAUUUUUCUGAAAGCUUUAAAAUGAGCUUUUAAAAACUUCUUUUAAAGUUUUAAAAAGUCCAACUUUUUUCAAAUAUGCUAGCGACUGAAAAGAUUCUCAGUAAACUUUUUUUUUUGAGCGAUGUUAUGCUCAACUUUCAGAUUCAAAAAAUCAAAAAAGCUUUCAAAGAGUGUUGCUAUUCACGACUGCUUCUUUUUCCUGCUCAAAAAUUAACGAUCUGUUGCGGAAGGUUGCUAUGUCUCUUUUUUCGCACCAAGGAGUCCAGUUCACGUGAAGCAGGAAAAAUCGUUCACGACUGAGCAACUCGAGCUCCGACAUAAAAAAAAGCUGGGCUCGAGAGAUUUGGUCGCGCUUGAUUGAACAUAGGCAUGCCGAACUCAGAAAUUUCGGGGCUCCCUCAUAAUUGCCCUCAAUUUUGUGGCUCAAUCCAACAAAAACUUCCUCGGUACAUAUAUUACGACAAUUUCAGCUGCAAGUUGCCGAUUACAAGACGGGACGGACUUUUGUUGAACUUGAGCGUUUUCCCGCGUUAACGACGGCAAUUCUACUCAAUUCGACGAUCAGCCUUCUUACUUUGCUCACUAUUGGCUUCGUGCACAUGCUUGGCCGACACAAUUAUCACUUUUCGAGGUGCGAAGAAAAAAGAGAACAUUUACUUAAUUUUGACGUAAUAGUUUCAAUACGGAUGAAAACGCCUAAAAACUUUUUUUAAAAGUUUUUCAAGCUUUCAUUGAUGUUUCAAACGAAGACCUUCAGUCUCUUAUCUAAGAAGAGCGCCUUCUUAGGAAAAUUCUUUGAUCCUGUCUCUACCUCACUUUUUUGUUUGGGUUAAUAGUCAAAUUAUCGUCGAGUGCUUCUGAAAAUGACAUUUAUGAGUAAUUUAGAUAACGACGUUGCUCGCAGGGGCAAACAGAUAUCAUUAUCAAGGAAGUAAAACCACUUUUGAUGGAAAAAAACGGUGGUCCAAUUAUGAAAGGGAAACUUUCGAGUAUUUUUCGAAGAACUAAUUUGAGUGACUUCUUAUUGAUAAUUGAACUUAGUCAUCCCUAGGAAGUUUAUCCAAAGCUAUUCAAAAAAGCCCUGGAUUUUAAUGAACUCUAGUAGAAUCAUUCAAGAAGAUUUCAGGUCACAGCUCUCCCGUCUGAUUGGUUCUUCAUGGCUGCUGGUAACGAUGUUGCUGCUCUCAGACUUCUUCCUCAUCCGGCUAUCGCACUCUUUUGUUCUUGCUGUUCCUUUUCACCUCGCUCUUUUGUCCGUGUUCCUCGUCCUCAACCUCGUCAUCCAUCCAAUAAACCUCGUACAGCUCAUCAGGCAGAAUCGAAGGGAUCCAGAAGCCAACGUCAGAAAUUCUUUGAUUUUCCAUCAUUUCUGUCCUUUUUCAGUUACAAGUGGAUGGAACUUCCGCCAGGCUGAUGAGGGAAAGUGCGACGGCUUCGAUAUGGCUUUUGUUGAAUAGUUUAUCCUUUGUCAUCAUAUUCAUGAUGGUCACUUGGGAAAAUCGAGACGGAAAGGUAUUUGUAUGACGUUAAAUGGAUAACUAAUUAGUCGCGUUAUACAGGAUCAUAUAUCCCUAAUGGGGAUUGAAGUUGUCGCUUUCUCGGUACAUUGCGUGGCCAAUCCGCUAGUAGCUGUCAUCAGAGACCGACAGUUGGAAAGAAGUCUUGCGAGGAUCAUUUUGCGGUCCAAAAGGUUUCAAAAAUACAUUGAACGACAAGAAAAAAUCAGAUCUUGAAUGUCAGAAAAAAGAACUGAAAAAAGUCGAAUAACGUUGAAUAAUUUUUCUCAGCAAAAAAAAAAUGGAAAAUGUGAGCCAAUGGCUUUUAUAUACGAAAGAAGCAAAUAAAGCUUGCAUGCAGUCUGCGAAAAAUGAUAUCUGCUAUGUAUGCUUCAAAAAUAUUUUUUGGAAAAAGCUCCUAAGAAGAAAUAUUAAAGGAAGUUUUAAGAUCUCGACCCAAUCAAGAAGAAGAUCUGGUAAUUGCUCUGAUGCGAGAUCCUCCACCGCCUUACACCGAAUAA